UCCUUGAAAUUAGGGUUCCAUUCUUCCGUCUUCUCUUUCGUCUGAAAUAAGGGUUCCAUUCCAGGGGAAAAAUGGUGAAGGGAUGUCAAGGAGAGCGCAUCAGACUCUAUGUCAGGGGAACUGUCCUCGGCUACAAGAGAUCGAAGUCGAACCAGUACCCGAACACCUCAUUGAUUCAGAUCGAGGGAGUGAACACGAAGGAGGAAGUGAGCUGGUACUUGGGAAAGAGGAUGGCCUAUGUCUACAAGGCUAAGACAAAGAAGAAUGACUCCCUCUACAGAUGUAUCAGGGGAAAAGUAUGCCGGCCUCACGGAAACAGUGGGGUUGUGAGAGCUAAGUUCAAGUCAAACUUGCCGCCCAAAUCCAUGGGAAACAAGGUUCGGGUUUUCAUGUACCCAAGCCAUAUCUAAGUGAAGAUGGAGAAUCAAGUUUUUUUGUUGCAGUGGAACUUGGACCCUCUAGCCUGCCUCAUUUUCUUAUCUUUCUAUUUUCCUUGAGUUUGUUUGAGAGAUAUUAAUGGUACAAACAAUGUUUUGAUUGUAGCAUAAUCUUCUUCUUCCCAUCCUGAAAUGAACACUUGGUUCCUUU